AUGAUGGAGCAGCCACUGCUGCUGCUGAAGAUGAUGGAGCAGCCACUGCUGCUGCUGAAGCAGGAGACACCAGGAGGAGGAGGCAGGAGGGACCAGGAGGAGGAGGCAGGAGGGACCAGGAGGAGGGGGCAAGAGGGACCAGGAGGAGGAGGCAGGAAGGACCAGGAGGAGGAGGCAGGAGGGACCAGGAGGAGGAGGCAGGAGGGACCAGGAGGAGGGGGCAAGAGGGACCAGGAGGAGGGGGCAAGAGGGACCAGGAGGAGGAGGCAGGAAGGACCAGGAGGAGGAGGAGGCAGGAGGGACCAGGAGAAGGAGCAGAGAGAGCGGGCAGGUGUGGGGAAGAUCUGA